AUGCUUAUCGACGGUCAUAAGUGUGCUUGUGAAGCUUGCAUACGGGGCCACCGUGUGACCAGCUGCAAACAUUAUGAUCGACCGUUGAUUCGCAUCAAGCGCAAGGGCCGCCCCUUCGCCACUUGUUCCAUCUGCCACUCGACGCCGUGCGAGUCACCCACAGAGCACGCGCGCCAGAAGCGCGAGGCAGAGCUCAAAUGUCCAUCAAAAGUAACGCAACCACAGCCAAACGGCCGGAAGAAUUCGCAUGCCAGACUCUAUCCACGGCAGCAUAACCCGCACGGCUUCCUUCCCAUCGCGCCACGUCCGGUGGGAGAAAAGGCAGAGCAGUCGUUGAUAGCACCGCCGCGUCCACUGCGGUCCGCUUCCGUGUCAGGCUCGGCAUCGUCGGCGAGGUUCCCUGCUGAGCGGGACAUCGCUUCACACAAUGAUAUUUGUGGAGUCGGAGAUUGCUCGCGCUCUGAAUCGUCGGAGAGGGAUUGGAACUCUUGGCCUCAUCUGCUGUCUGCAUCCGAUGUUUCUGCUUGCGAUAUCUCGGCUGCGGGCUCGACGUGUUCAGCUGGGCCCGCCCAAUCACUCUCGAAUUCUGCACCAGGCUCUUUUUCCCAGAGCAUCCUCACAGGGGCUCUAUUUGACCCCGCGUACUCACUGGUGUCUGCUGGAUCAUCCACUUCUGAUGCCCGGAUAGCACAGACGCUGCCAUCGGUGAGCCCGCUCGACAGCGCCAACCCUUUUGAUAUCCCGCUAGAUCCUGCAUUGGCUCUCGAUGACGGGUCCUUGGGUUACUUGGAAGACAUGGAGAUUGAUCUCGGGGAGGGGAUGAUGGAAGAGACUUUCCAUGUUGAGGAUUGGUCACGGUACAUUUGGUCGCCAGAGACUGGGCUUGAGAGUUUGGACACUGGUGUUCAGGCAGAAUCAAGAUGA